AUUUCAAAAGAAUAGAAAUAAAAAAGGUUUUUUAUUUUUUAAAAUACAGAAUAAAAUCAAGACCAACGCGAUUAAAAGAAUAUCAUCGAUCUAGUCACAAGAUAAACACGAUUAAGUGCAUCAAGUAAUAGAAUAAUCAGAGGAAUUAUGUCUAAGUUUGUGAUAAAUUGACAAAAAUUGCAAAUUUGUUAAAAUGUGAAGGUUUCUUAUCAGAAAAAAAAUAUUCAUUAAAAAGAUUGUUUGUAAGGAAUAAGUAACAUAUAUCAGAUUAGUUUGUGAAUUAUACAAAAUUAAGUAGACAGCUUAGCAUAAAGACUUAAUUAGUUUAAUCAAUCAACAAUGGUCGCAUCUUCCAUUGCUUCAAUGUCAUCAUCAAAUUUGCUGAGACGCAAUGUUAGGAUAUUAUUAGUUGGAGAUCAAGGAGUUGGGAAGACAUCGCUCAUAUUAUCGCUUGUUAGUGAAGAGUUUCCAGAGGAAGUUCCACCAAAAGCCGAAGAAAUUACAAUUCCCGCAGACGUCACUCCAGAACAUGUACCCACAAAUAUAGUCGACUACUCGUCAAUAGAACAGAGCGAUGAUAAUUUAAUUGAGGAAAUCGCAAAGGCUCACGUGGUCUGUGUAGUAUAUGCUGUAGACGAUGAAAGCUCGCUUGAUCGACUAAGUUCACAUUGGCUACCAUUCAUCCGUGAACAUUCGCAAGGCGAGAAUCGAAAGCCAAUCGUGUUGGUAGGAAAUAAAAUUGAUCUUGUUGACUACUCGACAAUCGAUCACGUUCUGACGAUCAUGGAGGAUUUUAAUGAGGUUGAAAGCUGCGUUGAAUGCUCAGCAAAGACACUACACAAUAUAUCAGAAAUGUUUUAUUAUGCACAAAAGGCUGUUCUUCAUCCCACUGCGCCAUUAUACAUAAUGGAAGAGCAAGAUUUAACUGAGAAAUGUAAAAAGGCACUUGUGAGAAUAUUUAAAGUUUGUGAUAUAGACGGUGACGGCCUAUUAAAUGACUAUGAAUUAAAUCAUUUUCAACGACGAUGCUUCAAUGCACCACUGCAGCCAACAGUUCUUGAUGAGGUAAAAGCUGUGCUUAUGAAAAAUACACCUGAUGGAAUUAGAGAUGAUUGUGUCACAUUGAGCGGCUUUCUAUUUCUUCACUGCCUUUUUAUACAACGCGGACGAAAUGAGACAACAUGGGCAGUUUUGAGACGUUUUGGGUAUAAUGAAAAUUUAGAAAUGAGUAAAGAUUAUUUAUGUCCAGCAAUAAAAAUCCCACCUGGAUCCAGUACGGAACUUUCACAUCGAGGACAGCAAUUUUUAAUGGCAUUAUUUGAGAGAGGUGAUAAGGAUAUGGACGGUGCACUAUCACCAGAUGAGUUUAAGCGUGUUUUUAGUGCAUGUCCAACGCCACCAUUUUCGAGUGACAUUAAACGAACAGUUCCAACAAAUGAUAAAGGAUGGCCAACAUCACAUGGAUGGAUUUGUAGGUGGUCAUUACAAACAUUCAUAGAACUUCCAAAAACCUUAGAAUAUCUUGCCUAUCUUGGUUUCAAUGUGCACGAGAAUGAAUCACAAAUAGCGGCAAUUCAUGUGACACGCGAACGACGAAUUGAUUUGGCCAAGAAACAAAGCAGUCGAAAUACUUACAUGUGCCAUGUCAUAGGAAUGAAAGGAGCUGGAAAGACGGCAUUAUGUCGAGCGUUCUUAGUUGAUGAUAUGAAGAAGCUUAAAGAUAAAGACCUGCGUGGAAAUAAUCAAUAUUGUAUCAAUACAGUUCAAGUUUAUGGCCAAGAAAAGUAUUUAAUUUUGCGUGAUAUAGACGUACGUCAAGUACUCGAUCCAUUACAGCCAUCGGAAGUUCUUUGUGAUGUCGCAUGUUUAGUUUAUGACAUUAGUGAUCCGAAAUCAUUUGAAUAUAUAGCGAGAAUAUACAUCAAGUACUUUGCAGAAUCAAAAAUUCCUGUCUUAAUUGUUGGCGCUAAAGGAGAUAUGGACGAGAAACGACAAGAUUAUCUGCUGCAACCAGUCGAGUUUUGCCAAAAGUACAAAUUAUUACCGCCUCAAUACUUUAGCAUAAAACACAAUAAACGCGAUCUGUACGUUAAGCUCGGUACGAUGGCGUCAUUUCCACGCUUCCAACCAGCCUGGAUAUUAUUUUAUAAACACAGGUUCGUUCAACUUUGGGAAGAGACUCAACUCAAACACUUUGGACUAAUGACGAAUGAUCCGAUGAUUUGGUGGAAAACAGUAUUAGGAAUAGCGACAUGCUCACUCGUUGGAUUCUUUGUAGUGAAGGCUCUUCAUUCUACGCGAUGAAUAUGAAAUAUUUUAAAGGAUACAAGAUAAUUUUGAAGUUAAAGUUUAUGUACAUAAUAAGGAAGGACGUUCUUUUUUGCACUUUUCAUUUAAUGACGACAUUCAUAAGAAAGAUUUAAUUAUAUUUGAAGGAAAUACAAUGAAGUAAUUUUAUCAUUUUUUUUUUCUUUGAAUUUGUACCUUAUUAAUUAAAGAAAGUUUUUUCGUGUAGAAUGUAUAUAUACAUCGUCUCUAUAUAUUUUUUCUUCUCUAUUUUAUAAUUAAUCAAUUACAUUAACUUGUUAAAAUGAGCGAAAUAAAAGUGAAUUACUUUAGAAACUACUGUUAUCAAUUUAUAUGAAUAAUAUUUGGUUUAUGGAUUUUAAGUUUUUAAUGCAGGAACAGAGGAAUUGGGAUGUCAAAAAGUAGCACUCCUUCCAUUUCAUCAUUUUGUUCCUGUUCGUCAGAAUUUUGUUCAUCUGGUCCAAUUAACAAUUUCAAUUGAAAUACACACGUUAAAAUAGCACUCGUUAGUGCUGAUGGAAUUGCUAUGCUGUAUGCCAAUUUCGUAAGACAAUAAAACGAUGUAAAAAUAAUACUUUUAUACAUUUUUUAAGUUUUAAUCAUCAACUAUCCGAUAGUACAGAUUUCUUGUUUUAAUACAAUAAUUU